CUGUGCCCCCGCUGCUGCCCCCGCCCAGUACUCCAGCCCCUGCCGCCCCCACUGCCACCGUCCGACCUAUGCCUCAGGCUGCCCCAGACCCAAAGGCCAACUUCUCCGCCAAUAACAGCAACCCAGGGGUGCGGCCACCAUCCCUGAGGGCCACUGCUCGGCUGCCACAGAGGGGCUGCCCAGGGGAUGGGCAAGAGGCUGCUCGGCCAGCAGACAAGGUCCAGAUGCUGCAGGCCAUGGUGCAUGGGGUGACCACAGAGGAGUGCCAGGCGGCCCUGCAGAGCCACAGCUGGAGUGUUCAGAGGGCUGCCCAGUAUCUGAAGGUGGAGCAGCUCUUUGGGCUGGGUCUUCGGCCACGGAUGGAGUGCCACAAAGUACUAGAGAUGUUUGACUGGAACCUAGAGCAAGCCGGCUGUCACCUUCUGGGUUCCUGUGGCCCUGCUCACCACAAACGCUGAUGGUUGGCUGGAGAGCAAUGGUCUGCCCUAAAAGAACCUCUUGAACCUGUCUGUGGGACAGGGGUGGGGAGACACCCUGCCUCAGGCCUAGAGGACCCACAACUGCCUGCAGCUCCCAGUGGACAGUGAGAUCCAGGCAGCAGGAGGCUGGGAGCCUCACCUUGCCCGCCUCGCUCACCCACCCAGCUGUUCUGCACACCUCGGUUCAGCCCUCAGUGCCCCAACCAAGAGGUGGGAAGUUCCGAGCCUUGUGAAGGCAGGACGGGAAGCUGCCUGGCAGGCCCCGGGGGUGACCUGCCUCUGGCUCCUGAUCAAGACUGGGCUAGUGGCUAGACCGUGCCCCCAGGCUUUCCCCUGGGGGUUAGACUGAGAGGAAACCUGGCUUGACUUGGACAAGAAGCAUGUGUUGGCCACACAGAAGGUGGGCCAGCACCCAGCAGGCCCUCCUUGGGGCUAGGCCCCUUUCCAGGGAACCCCUGUAGGAAUGUGGAGUGUUGGACAGGAUGUGACCUGUGACUUCACUGUGAACUUGGGGGCUUGGAUGGUCUUAGGAUCUUGUACCUGUAAACAGCCUGAAGUGUCUCAGAAACAGAAAUGGCGCCAGGACCUUCUCUGGCAGGGACCAGGGCCCAAGGCCCGGGUGUGGAAGGAGACUGCAGCGGCACCAGUGCUUCCCUGUUGGACCCCUGUCCUUCCCUUGUUGCUAUUUGAUGUGUUCCCAUCAGCGUCUGUUGCCAGAGUUGCUGCCCCAGCUAUGGAUAUCUGCUUCUUCCAGAGAAAUAAAGUUUGUUUCUAUUUUAUGUUA